CGGGACAGCUUGCAGGCUGCGGCAUGAAGAGGCAUAUGAAGAGAGGCAAGGGGCAGAGGGCGGGGUUGGGAUGCCCUUGCGCUUAGCAGCUCAGGGGGGUGGGGGCUGUAGCGCUGGAGGUACCGAGGAGGAGGAGGAGGUGGAGGAGGAGGAGGAAUGUUGCGUCGCAGGGAGUCGCAUAAGGCAGGCUGCAAGCGCCUACCUGGCUAUUGCUUUACUGCACAUUGUAGGGGCCAGGGGGGCUGGUACCAAUACUGCGGUACUGGUAGUAGGCACGUUGCUGUGGGUUGAGGCAGGGCGGGGUGCGGGUGUGGGUGCGGGUGCUGCGGCUGGUGAGGGAGAGGACGUGAUCUUCCUGCAGUUGGUUGGGGCUGGUGUAACCGCUAACCGGGUUGUUGUAACCGAUGCGGCGAGGGAUGCGAUGAAGGAUGGCUGAGGUGAGAGGCGGCGUAGCAGGCGUUGGUUUUGGAACCCUGGAGCAAACGCCCGUGCCGCGACAACUGGGGAAAGCCGGGAGUUAUAAAAUCGCAUACUCGGGGGGUUGCUGUUGUUCGGUUGUUGUUCGUAGUUGAUGUCUGGCUUACCGGUAUUACGGGGUUAGAGUUAAAGGGUGCUGGAUGGCCCUACAUGGGAGCGGAAAAGGGCCCUAGCAAGGUACAGCCGUACUGUAUCUGUACGGCUAGGGUGCUUUGUGUGACGUGUUGUGGCCGUAUUGGGCCGCAAACGUAUGCGCCGGACCGCGACCUUUUCCUCCGUUUGGGGUUGCAUGACAGGGGGUACAUAAUCACGGUUGGCGCCCUUCCGUAGCCCCCUUUUUCUGUGAAUUCGGGAAUAUUUUUGUUUUUACAUUUUCUCCGGGACAAAAAGCGUUAGAAGUUGCAAAUUGCCACGUACCGAUACCAAUUAACACGGGAGAUGCGCAAACGACACUCCGUGUGGCAGUGGUGGUGGUGGUGGUGGUGGUGGAGGUGGUGGUGGUGGUGGUGGUAAUGCGCUGUUUGGAAAACAAGUGGAUGCCCAGGCGUUGAGUACUUGCGAAAUUGCAUGUCUUGGUGGUCCUUUGCGUCAUUUUGGUGCGUGGCCUAUCCUGCGGCUGGUGUGGUCUUGAAAGCCCCCCCUUAAAACACACGCAUGCUGUCCUCCUCGAACUCCCUCCAUGUUGCCGCAGGUUGCUCGUGUACAUAUUGUGCGCUGCGGUGCUGGCAGGUGGAGAGUGGUGCAAUCGGAGAGGGGAUGAUGUGCGCCUAAUUGACGCGUGCUAAUUGACGCGUCCUAAUUGUUGGCUAGGGCGAUGCAGGGUGGCUUCCAGGAAGUCCGGAGUUAGCUGAGUUUGGGGGUUUCACUGGCGACAAAACUCGGCAACUGAGCUGUUUGGGGUCGGCCGCUGAGCUUAUUGGUGUAAAUGGAGGGAUCGUACACGCGAGCGAACACUAUGUAAGAG